UGCGUUUGAAUGGCUAAUAGGGGGUUUCAGCUAUUUUCCAACUUCAUCACACUCAAGACAAGUUCUGACCUUAAUAGAAAUGAUAAAAGUGGGAUGAGUGUAUUGUUUAAUUUUUUUAAAAAGUUGGAUCGGGCGAUGUCAAAUUGAGCCGACCCCAUGGGAUUAACCAAACAAAUGUACUCAUCUGCUUUGUUCUGGGCGGACAAAGUAGUUUCGCUGAGUGACGGUGAACCAAGGGAUGUAUAUUGGCUUGCUCAAUGCAUGUACCUUCUAAAACAAUAUCACCGAGCUGCACUCUUAAUUAAAAAUCGUCAACUAGAAAAAACACAUUUGAUAUGUCGAUACUUGGCGGCAAAGUGCCUCCUGGAAGCGAAGGAGUUUAAAGAUGCCCUCGCACUGUUGAAUGGCGAAGAUGGAAAUAAUGGAAACAUGUUAAUUGGAGGUACCAUGACAUCAAUUUUGGAACUACCCGAUACUCCGCUGGAAGGAUUUUCAACUAUUAACCUCCAUAGCGCCAUACUUUAUCUUAAAGGGUGCGUUUAUGAAGCUCUCGACAAUCGAAGCCUUGCAUCAGAAUGUUACAAACAAGCGCUCAGAUGCGAUAUACAUUGCUAUGAUGCUUUUCAAGCUCUUGUCCAACACCAAAUGUUAACUUCUUGGGAAGAAAAAGAAUUAAUAUCCACCCUCCCCUUUGCUGCACAAUGCAAAACUAAAGAUGAAGAAUGGCUUGUUCGCAGCUUGUACGAUAGCUUGCUUAAAAAGUAUCAAAAUGUACCGUCUCGUGCCAUUAUCCAGGUUCAUCCAAAAUUAGAGGGUAAUCUAGACCUUGAAGUUGCUAAGGCUGAACGACAUUAUUAUGCCUGCGCUUAUUCCGAAUGUUUUCUAACGACUCAGUUAGUAUUGGACAAAGAUCCUUACCAUAUGUCCUGCCUCCCAAUUCACAUUGCCUGUUUAGUCGAAUUAAAAAAAGGAAAUGCAUUAUUUUAUUUAGCACAUGAUUUAGUUGAUCGGCAUCCAGAUUUAGCAGUUUCAUGGUUUGCAGUUGGAUGUUAUUAUUAUUUAAAAGGAAAUACCGACCCCGCUCGCAGAUAUUUAGGAAAAGCAACUUCUUUAGAUCGGGUCUUUGGACCGGCCUGGCUUGUUUACGGCCAUUCGUUUGCUGUUGAAAAUGAACACGAUCAAGCGAUGGCUGCCUAUUUCAAAGCAUCUCAAUUAAUGAAAGGGUGCCACUUGCCACUUCUGUACAUCGGCUUGGAGUGCGGCUUAACAAACAACAUAAAAUUGGCAGAAAAAUUCUUUUUACAAGCACAGACCAUCGCUCCAAAAGAUCCGUUUGUCAUCCACGAAAUGGGAGUGGUCGCUUAUCAAAACAACGAUUAUGUAGCAGCUGAAAAAUACUUUGAAGAAGCACUUUCCAGGGUGAAAGAAAUUGAUGAUGUCAUUAUUGCUGAUAAAUGGGAAUCGUUGUUUAACAAUUUAGGUCAUACUUGUCGUAAAUUAAAGAAAUACGAUAAAUCAUUAGUUUACCAUAAAAAGGCUUUAGUAUUAGCACCAUUGAGCCCAUCGACACUGGCGAGUAUAGGAUUUGUACAGGCACUAGUCGGCCAGACGUCUGAGGCCGCCGAAUCUUUCCACAAGGCCUUGAGUUUAAGAAGGGAUGAUACUUUUAGCACGUCUAUGCUUACAUUCAUCAUGGAACAGUUAGUUGCCGAGGCUCCUCCUUUUGAAGGAGAAGAGGUACCAGUCGAGUUUCACAGUUUUGGUAAACGCAAUAAGCCAGAUGAGUCAGAAGUGAGCAUACGCACCCCGCCGAGUUCCAACAGUCCACAGAUUGCUCAUACAAACGAUGAGAUGGACAUGCAAGACAGUUUUCAAGACGAGAACAAUACCUGACGCAACCCUUUACGCCCUGUCCCUCUCGCCAUUUCUUCAUAUGUAAAUAACCACAGAUUAGAUGGGUGACAGUGGCACCACUUUAAGCAAUUAAUUGUAAUACCCUACAAAAAAAAGGAUUAUUUUAUUAAUUGAAAAUUAUGUAUUUAAUUCAAUAAUGAGAUUUCCCACUGGUGACAUAAAUGAUUUAUUUACACAAUAUGGCUCGGA